AUGGCCCCAAGUGGAGGAGGAGUGAAUAAAAACAACGGGACAUCAAUAUCGAGAAAUCAUAAUGGAGGUGGAGGAGGACUAGGGGCAAGACAGUUAAAAAAAGGUCCAUGGACAACAACGGAAGAUGCGAUUUUGAUGGAGUAUGUGAAGAAACACGGAGAAGGGAAUUGGAACGCGGUUCAAAGGAAUUCGGGUUUAAUGAGAUGUGGGAAGAGUUGUAGGUUAAGAUGGGCGAAUCAUUUGAGGCCUCAUCUAAAAAAAGGUGCAUUUUCUUUAGAGGAAGAAAGGCUUAUUGUGGAACUUCAUGCAAAACUUGGAAACAAAUGGGCUCGUAUGGCUGCUCAGCUUCCUGGUAGAACAGACAAUGAGAUCAAGAAUUAUUGGAACACGAGGCUAAAGAGAAGACAAAGAGCCGGAUUACCAAUAUACCCUCAAGACAUACAACCACAAAAUUACCAACAAGACCAAAAUCAACAACAUAGUACUAAUAUCCCUUCACCAUUUGAUAAUCAUCAAAACUCCAAUUACAACAAUAAUUCCCCUCUUUCCCUUUUAGAUAUCUUCAAUCCUUCAACAAUGAAACCUAGUAGAAACAUUAUUCCACAUCAAUACCAAUUCAACAAUAAUCCUAGUUCUCCAUUUCUCACAAACACAAAUAAUAUCAACAACCAAGUCAAGUUUUUUCGCGACCCUCGCGUUAGCCUCUCUCUAACAUUAGCAUCAUCGAUGAAGAAUUCACAACUUUCUUCAAUGGUAGCACCCGUGCCUAAUAAUUUUAGUCAAGGUUAUUCUAGUUCAAUGCCGGUCCCACCACUUCAACAUACCUAUCCAAAUUUCACCACAACUACUAGACCUUAUACCGCGAUUUCCUCAAACCCUAAUGGUUUAAUCUUAGGUAUGGGCAUAGAGCAUCGUUCAGUCCAAUCGUCUGUGCCUAGAAAUACAAGUACAUUAAGUGAUCAUGCUGAUAAUAAUUACACGGUUAAUCAUGGAUUAUCGCGAGGAAAUAGUGGAUUAUUAGAAGAUUUAUUGGAGGAAUCUCAUACUUUAACAAGAGGUGAAAAAAUUGAGGAAAAUUGUCCAAUUAAUGAAAAUGAAGAUAAUAAUAAAGGGAAAUUAGUUUGGGAAGAAUAUGGAUUAACAGAAGAAGCAGCAGAUGCAAUUUUAACUGAAGAAUCAACAUAUAAUUUUGCUCAUAAACAUUCUGAAGAUUCAAGUUCUCCCAAUUCAUCCUCAGGGAUAACAACAAAGGAAGCCUCAUUAGAGAAUAUGGGUAAUCAAGUGGAUGAUGAUAUUAUGAGAUUUCUUGAUAAUUUUCCACUUGGUGUACCUGUUCCUGAUUGGUGUGAUGAUCAACAAAAUACAUCCAAUGGUCAAUCUUUUGAAUGUGACCAAAUUCAAUUGUCCUCAAAAUCAAGUUCAUGAAGACUCAAAAUCG